AUGAACUCUGGAACAAGACCUUAUCAAAAUAUAAGCCAGCUCCAAUAUGUUGCAUCUGAGUAUACAGUAAGAUAUUUUGAUUUGUCCAUUGCUUUACUGUUUUAUUGAUCAAUCAUAUAAAAUUCUUAAUUGGUAUCAUUAUCUACAUACAGACCAGAAAAGAAGCAUUGGGCCUUACUUCAAACAUAGCCAAGCAUCCACCAUCAAGUUCAAUAAAAUCAACGCCAAUUUUGUUGGAAGCCACUCAGUCUCUCCGUGCACAGACUUCUCAUUUCAAUCAUCAAAGAUUCUCCAAAAUAUUUACUCCUUGAAGUACUGGCAAUGUUUCGAAACUCAAUGAAGAAAGAGGUUUAAAAUCAAGUGACUUCGCCAAGGUCUCUGAGAGGGAAGAAAACAAAUAUACCGCAGAUGAAGAGAGAAUCAGAGACUUCUAUACCAAAUAUUGUUGAUGUCCUCCUUCCACUCAAGCCUCUCCUUUUGACUCAGAAGAACAGCAAGCUAAACAGAUGACUUUCGCUAAUAGAAAGCUAGUGAACAAAAUUCAGAAAGAGUUUCCUGGUGUUCGUGAAGAAGCCUUGCAACUGCUCUUCAGUAGUUUCAUGAGCACUCACAGAGAAGGUGAUAUCGUGUUCACUACUAGACCCAAGUCUAAGAAGACCAGAAUACGACCGAACUUUAGAGGGUCUAAGUUUAUAGGAGUGUCACGAAAUGGAGAGUCUUGGCAAGUCUACAUCGUAAUCGAUAAACGCAAGAAAUACGUAGGGUGUUUCAGUUCUAAACUUGAAGCUGCAGCUAUCUAUGACAAGCUAGCAAUUAACUUCCAUGGGCGAAAAGCUAAGACCAACUUUUCUUACACGAAGCAAGAAGUUUUGCAGAUUAUAUAAGAAACAUGAGAGCAUUUCAGUAAAUUGAAGGAGUUAUUGUCCCCCAGGAUGUCAAAGGCAUGAGCACAGAGAUCAAUAAUUAACUUAAUUUGUUGUUAAAGCUUCAGUU